AUGAGUUGGAAUAAUGGUGCGAUGAUGUGCGAUGUGAUGCCGACCAUCAGUGAAGAUGGUGUCGACAAUGUCACAACCAACGAUGAUCAUUCGCACGACGCCAACAUCGAGCAGUACAAGCGUCAAGUGGAAGAGAGCAACCAACGAGUUCGCGAUCUUGAAAAGGAGAAGGAGAGCCUCCGGCGUCAGUUCGAAAUGCAUACGCAACAUUUACCAAAUGCUGAACGAAACAACACCAGAUUGUUACUAGAACAUCUGGAGUGCCUUGUAUCUAGGCACGAGAGGUCAUUACGAGUUACCGUGAUGAAGCGACAGGCUCAAAGUCCCGCUGGGGUUUCAUCUGAAGUGGAAGUCUUAAAGGCUUUGAAAAGUCUUUUCGAACACCACAAAGCUCUAGACGAGAAGGUAAGGGAACGCUUGCGAGUUGCUAUGGAACGUGUGGCCACCUUAGAGGAAGAGCUCACAUCUAAGGGUGAGGAGAAUUCGGGUCUAAAGGCUCGGCUUGCAAUGGUCGCUGCCGAGGCUGAAGAAGCACAGGCCAAGGGACAGAAGACAAAUGGUGCUUUGAGUAGUGAAUCAGCAGCACGUCUCGUCGAAAUGCAAGAAGCCUGUGAGCGAAUGAAAGUUGAGUUGACAAACAGUCUCAAGCAAGUUCAAGAACUUAGUGCAAGAAACUCUGAAUUGGAAGCUCAACUCUCGACUGCUCAAAAGGACACACAUGCUUGUCAAGAGCAGUUAACUAAGGUCAAGAAUCAGUUACAUGAGUUGGCCAAUAAAGACGCAGCUGUACGGUUGAAUGAGGAAAAAGUGCGGUCACUUCAAGAAAGGCUUGAACUCGCUGAGAAACAACUUGCGCAGAGCCUCAAAAAGGCUGAAUCUUUGCCAUCGGUCGAGGCGGAAUUGCAACAACGAAUGGAGGCUCUCACUGCUGCUGAACAGCGGCAAGCCCUUGAAUCAUCAGCUGAGCUUGAGAGAGCUGUUCAGAGAGAAAAGAUGAAUGAAGAGCAUAGCCAACGAUUGAGCAGCACCGUGGAUAAGCUGUUAUCCGAAUCGAAUGAUCGCCUGCAAUUACAUUUGAAAGAACGUAUGCAAGCUCUGGAUGAUAAGAAUCGCCUAACACAGCAGCUCGAGAAUACCAAGAAAAUCUACGACCAGGCGGAAAGGACAAAGGAACGCCUUCAACGUGAUAAUGAUGCCCUCCGACAAGAAAUUGAAGCCCUUCGACAGCAAUUGUAUAAUGCGCGAACGGCACAAUUCCAUUCUAGGAUGCACGCCGUGUUGCCACCACCUCUUCCUCUGGUUAUACCAAAUGGUAUUGCUGCCCCAUCGCCUCAAACAGUUGUCCCCCAACCGUUUGCUCAGAGUUCCUAUACCAAUUCUACCCCUCCAGGAUAUGCUACCGUGGGAAUACGACGACCUAACAAGGGCAGGAUCGCUGCAUUGCAGGCUUUCUCUUCGUCCCCAUCUAUGUUGGAUAUGGGAAGUGGAAGUACCAUACCACGAGGAACCACGCAGAAACAGUCAGCUCAACAACCUGAUCUGCUCAUGAAUACCAUGCCUCAACAGGUACUAUUUUAA